AUGGACAAAAUAGAUCCACCAAAGGCCUUAUCUCUUGAAGGAAACCCAGCGGAAAACUACAGAUGGUUUAUCCUAAGAUUUAAGCUGUAUAUGAAGGCGACAGGGAAGGACAAAAAAUCAUUUCUCACCCUGAUAGGUGAUGAUGGGCUCAGGGUAUACAACAUGUUUACGUGGGAUCAGUCCGGAGAAGGCAAUAAGCUCAAGAAAGUGGAAGAAAAGUUCAAGGAACACUGUUACACCUCGCAAGCUUUCAAUAGAUAUCAGUUUUUUAAAAGACAACAAAAAGACGGAGAAACAAUUAAUCAUUAUGUCACUGCUCUAAAAACACUCGCUAAAGACUGUGAGUUUGAGAAUUUAUCUGAAAGUUUGAUCAGAGACGCGCUAGUAUUUGGAGUGCAAAGCUACGUGCUGUGUGACCAGAUGUUAAGGGUCAAGGAUCUAGAUCUCAAACUAGCAAUUGACACAUGUAGAGCUGCUGAAUCAAGUAAGUCUCUGUUGGCAAAAGUUAAAGGGGACGACUCAGAAAGUGAUCCAGGGGCACUAGUUCAUAAAAUUUAA